AUGCUUGGUCUAACCAUCGAGAACAUCACGGAGAACGUGAUGAAGAUCAACUCGAUGUGUGAUAACCCGCGUCUGCGUUAUCUGAUUAUGAAGCUGGUCAAGGUGUCGCAUGAUUAUAUCCGUGAUGUGGGAUUGCAUUUUGAUGAAUGGGAACAAGCGUGGCAGUUUUUGACUAGGGUGCUCCUGGUAGACGCCAUCUCAUACCCAUCCGUCCCAGGCGCAACCGAGUCCUCCGUCCUAGGCCCGUUCCACGAUGAAGAAGCUCAUUCAUUACAAUACAGCAAAUCUAUCGCCACGACCGGCACACCAGCCGAACCAACCAUUGCGCAGGGAUACAUCAAAGACACAGAUGGCAACCCUGUGAGCAGAGCUCUCAUCGACGUUGUUGCCGCCAAUGACGCUGGCCAUUUUCUGUUUUUGUGUGUGAAGUCGGUGGCGUAUCCAAUUUCUAAUGAUGGGCCUGUGGGGGAACUGUUGAGGACGUUGAAAAGGCAUUGGUAUCGGCCUGCUCAUAUGCAUUUCAUGAUCGAACAUCCGCAAUAUUCCAGUUUGAUUACUGCUCUGUAUUCUCGAGACAGCAAGUUUGUGGAGAGUGAUACGGUCUUUGGGGUCAAGGGAAGUUUGAUUGUGGAUUAUCACUGA